AUGGCUACUGCCGUGACUCUAUCAUUAAGCUCCUUGGGACUACUAGUCCUGGCUCGCUGGGGAUGCAGCCUCGCCGCGAACACGGCAGUUUUCUUUCGACGUUCCGGAGUGCGUCGAUAUCUGGAAGUCGAGCCCAACGCCAGUGCCGGCGCCAAGGAAUCGUGGGCGCUCAUCACAGGCUCAGGAGCUGGUCUCGGCCGCGCUCUCGCCUUUGAACUCGCCGGCUGGGGCUUCAAUAUAGUUCUGCACGGUUCCAACGCAGCCAAACUCGAAGCCGUAAAGGAGGAGCUCCAAGCAGCCCACCCCUCCCGCUCCGUCCGGACACUGGUCCUCGAUGCCCGGAUAGGCGGGCUGCUCCACGGAGCUGAUCUGGAGGCAAAGCUGAACGCAGCCGUCAAGAGUUUGGAUGGUAUUCACAUUCGCAUCCUGGUUAACAACGUGGGGAUGCCUCAAGCCCGGCCCGAGCUUCGAGCGCCAUUUGACGCAUUGGAUACGUUUACCUAUGACGAGCUAUCGAUCAAUGUGGCGGGGAACGCAGUAUUUCCAUUGCUCCUCACGCGUGCAUUAUACCCGCAGUUGAUCAGAAACCAGCCGGCGCUCAUCAUCAACAUGGGUUCCUUGGCCGCCGAGGGGUUUCCCUUGUUCCCGUCAUACGGGCCGGCCAAGGCAUUCCUGAUGGCUUCCACGGCCGAGCUGAGGCUGGAAAAUAGGAUAGAAGACCGGGACAUCGAGGUUCUGGGAAUUGAUGUAGUUGGAGUAACAGGCACGGACACGAUCAAGGACAAGCCAAACUUGAUGCUUCCCGACGCGCCAACGUAUGCCAAGUCAGUCGUGAGAAGUAUCGGUUGCGGGCAUGCACGUGUAGCACCCUAUCCCCCACACGCGAUCUUCCUCUGGGUCAUUAGGACGCUUCCGUCGUGGCUUGGCGAUACAGUCAAGGCGAAUAUGCUCAAGGGAUUGAGAGCGGAAGCUGCUGCCAAGUUGAAGAGUGCAAACGCCUCUCCAUAA